UAUAAAUCCUGCGCUUAUCUCACCAAACUAUUAGAAGAUACACGAGCACAGGAUAGGACUGAGCCCCUUAUGCACUGGCAGAGAGAGUGGGCAGCGUGAAAGGGGCACGAGGAGUGUGACAGGAGAAAGGUCACAGAGUGUGGGUGUCCUGUGAUAGAAUACUUUUAUUGGCACUAUAGACUUCAGACGGGCUGCAGGGUCCCUCCUGACAUCCCCUAUAUUGGAUCGAGAUAAAAUGGAAGUGUUAUGUACUUUCCUCUCUCUUUUGACCCUUUGGACUCUGAAUGUUGAUGCUUCACGUCCCAAAGUGUUGCUUCCUAUCCAGCCCGAGCAGGAGCCCCAGACAUCCAAGGCACAGCCAGGUUGUACAUUUGGGGGGAAAUUUUACUCCCUGGAGGAUUCUUGGCAUCCAGAUCUUGGAGAACCCUUUGGAAUCAUGCACUGUGUUCUGUGCUACUGUGAACCGCAACGGACUCGGAGAGGAAAACCUUCUGGAAAAGUUAGUUGCAAAAAUAUAAAACAUGACUGUCCACCACCCUCCUGCAGUAAUCCCAUACUACUGGCUGGUCACUGUUGUAAAACCUGCCCCAAAGCUGCUCCUCCACCUGUGAAAAAGUCUGACUUUAUUUUUGAUGGCUUUGAAUAUUUUCAAGAGAAAGACAAUGAUCUUUACAAUGAUCGCUCUUAUUUGAGUUCUGAUGAUGUUUCUACAGAGGAGAGUCGAACAGCAGAAUAUGUUGCCCUACUCACAGCACCUAGUGAUGUGUGGCCCCCAGUUACUAGCGGAGUUGCUAAAGCCAGAUUCCACUUGCAACGCUCAAACUUGUAUUUCUCCAUCACCCACAAAUGGAUGGACAGACUUUCCCGGGUUCGUUUCUCAGACUCUGAUGGUUCUGUGCUGUUUGAGCACCCAAUACACAGAAUGGGAUCCCCAAUGAGUGAUACAAUCUGUGGAAUAUGGCGGUCUCUUCCUCGCUCAUCCCUGCGUCUCCUCCGCUUGGGUCACAUUGUCAUUUCCUUGGUGACUAUGGCACGUUCUGAGUCUGAAAUCUCUGGCAAGAUCAUUCGACACAAAGCUUUGUUUUCAGAAACAUUUACAGCACUUCUCAGUCCAGAGACCCCUGAGGUGAUAUGGGCAGGGGGGCUUGCAAUGCUCUCUCUUAGUGAUGUGGAUGACAACCUGCACUUUAUCCUUAUGUUCAGUGGGCUACGAGGAGGAGAAAGAGCUCAUAUUCCAAUGGUUGUGCAAGUCCUGCACCAGAAUCAUGUUAUUCGUGAGCUUCAUGCCAACAUCUCUACUCAGGACCCAGACUUUGCUGAUUUUUUGCCAGACUUGUCCAGUCGAGAGAUGUUCUGGUUAGCUCAGGGUCAGUUAGAGAUAGUGGUACAGAUGGAUGGAAAGCAGGCUCAUCGUCUUUCAGGCAUCGUCACAGUCAGAAAGUCAUGUGACACAUUGCAAAGUGUGCUUUCAGGGGGUGAUGCUUUGUUUCCCACCAGGACUGGAGCAGUGGGUUCAGCAACUCUCAUACUACACGAGAAUGGAACCCUGGAGUAUCAGGUUCAGGUCGCUGGUACUAUGAGUCCUGUAACAGCAUUAACUUUAGAGACCAAACCUAGAAGAAAGACCAAACGCAAUAUUUUGCAUGAUCUGAGCAAGGACUAUCAUAGUGGCAAGGCCUGGGGUAUAUGGGUGGACGCCAGUGCCCGAGAUCUGCACAUGUUGCUACAGAGUGAACUCUUCCUCAAUGUGGCUACAAAGGAUUUCCAGGAAGGGGAGCUGAGAGGACAGAUUACACCCCUGCUCUACACUGGUCCAUGGGCCAGAUACCAGGAGCUCCCUGUUCCCCUGGCUGGUCAGUUUGUGUCACCCCCAUUAAGGACAGGAUCAGCAGGUCAUGCAUGGGUUUCUCUGGAUGAGCACUGCCAUUUACACUAUCAAAUUGUGGUGACUGGUCUGGGCCGAGCAGAGGAUGCUACACUAAAUGCACAUCUGCAUGGCUUUGCUGAGCUAGGCGAGGUCAGUGAGACCUCCAGGGGACAUAAGAGGCUGCUGAAAGGCUUUUAUGGAUCAGAGGCACAGGGAAGUGUUAAGGACCUUGACCUUGAGUUACUUGGUCACCUAAGCCGAGGGACAGCAUUUAUUCAAGUGAGCACCAAACUGAAUCCACGUGGCGAGAUACGGGGACAGGUGCAUAUCCCAAACACCUGUGAGUCUGGUGGGGUGUCACUGUCUCCAGAGGACCCUGAGUACGAGUAUGAGAUAUAUGAAGAAGGUCGUCAGCGUGACCCAGAUGAUCUAAAAAAAGAUCCCAGGGCCUGCUACUUUGAGGGACAACUAAGGGCCCAUGGGGCCCGAUGGGCUCCUGACUAUGACAAAAAAUGUUCUGUUUGCAGCUGCCAGAAGCGCACUGUAAUCUGUGACCCCAUUAUGUGUCCAUCCUUGAACUGCACCCAGCAAGUUCAAUUGUCCGAUCAGUGCUGUCCUAUUUGUGAAGAAAAGAAAGAAAUCAAAGAGCUGAAGAAACCAGAGAGAAUUAGAGUGGCAAAUGAAGGCUGCUACUUUGAUGGUGACCGCUCUUGGAAAGCUGCUGGCACACGCUGGCAUCCUGUGGUGCCACCAUUUGGGUUGAUUAAGUGUGCAAUUUGCACUUGCAAGGGCUCAACAGGGGAAGUACACUGUGAGAAAGUGACCUGCCCUAGGCUUUCCUGUACUAAUCCCGUCCGUGCUAACCCAUCAGAUUGCUGCAAACAAUGCCCAGUGGAAGAGCGAAAUCCCUUGGAGCUGGCAGACAGCAUGCAAUCAGAUGGGCCACGAUCCUGCAAGUUUGGGCGUCAAUGGUACCCAAAUAAUGAAAAGUGGCACCCAACAGUUCCUCCUUUUGGAGAGAUGAAAUGUGUAACAUGUGCUUGUGUGGAAGGAGUCACACAGUGCGCGACGAAGAAAUGCUCAGUUACUGCCUGUGGUCCUAGUGGAAAACGUGACAAGUGCUGCACCAAGUGUAAAGAUGACAGUCAAGAUGAAGAUGAAAAGGCAAAGUCAGAAGAAUCAAGAAGUGUGUGGAGUUACUAAUAUAUUGCAGGACUGAGAGAAAGGAACCAGUGUGACUCUCACAAAAUAAUAAACUCACCAGGAGAACUUGGUGCACUGUGAAAGUCACAGCUUUGUGUGUGGUUACACAGCUCCCAGCUUCUAUUGUUACUGUUGGACUGUAGGAAAAUGGGAAGCAUCAGCUGUCACAUGGAGUCAUAAACUUGACACUCGAGGAUACAUUUCUCAAAACUUUAAGCCAAUAUAUCUACCA